AUGGAUCAUAAGCCUGAACCUGAGGCUGUUCCAUCUCUUCUUCAACUUAUUUCAUCAAACCAAGUGGCUGGCUUUGAUAACAUCCCUGUGGAAAACAAAUUCCCAGGCCCAAUAAAUGUUUGUCAAGCCACCGGUGGUCAUGAGAGGGCGGUUUCUGUUUCGAUCAGUAUGCCCUCUUCUCCGACAGCAGCCGGCGGCCGUGGCGAAGCAAAGGUUUUCGAGAUUGGAGUUCCGGAUUCUUGUAAGGCAUCAGAGAGUAUUGGUGAGUACAAAGAGGCAAAAACAGUCAAAUUUCUGUCUCAGCCGAUGCCAAAGGGAUCAAUCUUGGGAGAGGCAGCUACCAUCAAAGACACUAAUCAGCAUCCUAGCAAUAAAAAGCUCAAGGACAAGAGAUAUGAUUCUUUCAAAACAUGGUCCGGGAGGCUCGAAAGGCAGCUAUCGAAUUUACGUGGAAGGCCAUGCGAAAUUGAGUCAGAGGACGACUCCUCGCCAAAUUUUGGGAAUACCGAGCCUUUGCCUUUGCCUUUGCCUGUGGACCGAUACUUCGAUGCAUUGGAAGGACCUGAACUGGAGUCCCUCAAGGCUUCCGAGGAGAUUGUACUUCCACAUGACAAAACAUGGCCAUUUCUCCUUCGGUAUCCCAUUUCUUCGUUCGGUAUCUGUCUGGGAGUUAGCAGCCAAGCUAUCAUGUGGAAAACACUGGCCAUUGCUUCAUCUACAAAGUUUCUUCACAUAAACCUGGCUAUAAAUCUUGUUCUAUGGUGCAUAUCGGUCGCUCUAGUAGCCAUCGUUGCUUCCAUUUACCUUCUCAAAGUGAUCAUCUACUUCGAAGCGGUUCGUCGAGAGUAUUUCCAUCCGAUCCGUGUCAACUUCUUUUUCGCCCCUUGGAUCGCUCUUCUGUUUUUAGCUCUCGGAGUGCCGCCUUCGGUUACUUCAAAAUUACCUGCAGCUCUAUGGUACAUUCUCAUGACACCAAUCUUCUGUUUGGAGCUUAAGAUCUAUGGACAGUGGAUGUCGGGCGGUCAACGGAGGCUCUCGAAAGUGGCUAAUCCUUCCAACCAUCUCUCCAUUGUCGGGAACUUCGUAGGGGCACUAUUGGGCGCAUCAAUGGGGCUUAAAGAAGGGCCUAUUUUCUUCUUUGCUGUUGGUCUGGCUCAUUACACUGUCCUUUUUGUAACUCUUUAUCAGAGACUUCCAACAAACGAAACACUCCCAAAAGAGCUCCAUCCUGUAUUCUUUCUGUUCGUUGCAGCACCUAGUGUUGCUUCAAUGGCAUGGGCCUCGAUCCAAGGCUCGUUCGAUUACGGAUCUCGGAUUGCAUACUUCAUUGCCCUGUUCCUUUACUUCUCAUUGGCGGUUCGGGUUAACUUUUUCCGAGGAUUCAAGUUUUCAUUGUCCUGGUGGGCGUAUACGUUCCCGAUGACCGGUGCGGCAAUAGCGACGAUAAGAUAUUCAAGUGCAGUGACAAAUAUCGUAACUCAAACUCUUUCCGUCAUGCUCUCCAUUGCUGCCACACUCACAGUAACGGCACUGCUCGUAACGACUAUACUGCACGCAUUCGUCCUACGAGACCUCUUCCCUAAUGACAUAGCCAUUGCCAUUAGCGACAGAAAACCGAAACCUAUUAAGAAAUGGUUCAACCGCAGACAUGGAAGCUUAGAUAAUAAUAAAGACAUUGAAACUUUCCUGAAAUUUGUAAGUGUUGACAGCAAAGAUAUCGAAGCUGCCUUGAAAGUUCCCACCGCGGAAGCUACAUCAGAGUAGAACUUCAUGCCUAGCUAGGUCACCGUGAUCACCAGCCAUAGUUUUCGACCUUUACCGAGUUGUUUCCGAUCCGGUUUUUUCGAAUCUUCAACACUCCAUACAUGUGAGGAACAUCCGAUUUCGGAGUUUUCGUUCCAGUGACCAUGUAAGCAGAGAGAAAUGAAGGUUGCUGGCCUUUUCUGGAAAUAUAUAUAAGAUCUUGAUUAGUUUGU